AUGACCUCAACUACACACCUGGGUAUUGCUUACAUAAGCGUCAGAUCGGGAUUGAACCUUGCAGACAUCAAAGUCCUCACUCACCAUGUUCGGGCUCGUUCUUGUGGAGGACCAUAUCCAGCCCCCAACACAGCCUGCGCCCCAGCCAGUGAUGCUUUAAUGGCCCCCCUGAGCCGGACAUUAUGGCGUCUGAAAAGCCAGGCAGGCUCCCACGCCGCCCCCCUCUCACGAUGUGCCGCUCCUAGCAGGCGAGGCAUCUCAACCUCAAACUCAACCUCGACCUCCACCACAACCUCAACGUCAACCAGCAGCUGGCACGCCCAGACCUCAGAGGCCUCAAGCCGCGUCCAGGUCUACACCUCGCACAGCCGCGACCCCUAUCUGAACCUGUCAGCAGAGCACUUCCUCCUGCAAAACUCGCACCCAGAGUCGACGGUGCUGUUCCUCUACACCAACGACCCCUGCGUCGUCAUCGGCCGCAACCAGAACCCCUGGCUCGAGGUCAACCUGGCCCAGCUUCGGCGGUUCGCAGCAGCCCCCCUGGUCCGCAGGCGCUCGGGCGGCGGCGCCGUCUUCCACGACACCGGCAACGUCAACUUCAGCGUCAUCUGCCCGCCGCAGGCCUUCGACCGCAACAAGCACGCCGAGAUGGUCGUCCGCGCGCUGCGGGGGCUGGGCGUCGCCACGGCGCGGGUCAACGAGAGGCACGACAUCGUCGUGGACCGACAACCACCACCACAACCAACACCACAACCACCAUCCCACACCAGCACCAGCAGCAGCAGCAGCAGCACCAAGACGUUCAAGGUCUCCGGGUCCGCCUACAAGCUCACCCGCCUGCGCUCCCUGCACCACGGGACCUGCCUGCUCGCCUCGCCCAACCUGGCCCGCAUCGGCCGCCUGCUGCGCUCCCCCGCCGAGCCGUACAUGAGGGCCCGCGGCGUCGAGAGCGUGCGCAGCCCGGUGUGUAAUGUUGGCUUGCCCGUGUCGGAGUUCGUGGCGGCUGUGCGGCGCGAGUUUGUGGGGAUGUAUGGCGCCGCUGAUCUCGAUGUGGAGCUCGGCGGCGGCGCUGACUUUGCGCAUGAGAUGAUCCAGAGGGGUUACAGGGAGCUUACUUCCCAAGAGUGGAUCUACAACCAGACGCCCCUGUUUACAUUCUCGACCCAUCCGUCCGAGGACGACCCCAGGGAGAGACCACCUCUCCCACCGGGUCUGCCAAAAGAUUUCCGCGCAACAAUCACCGCGCGCCAUGGGCAGAUCCAAGAGGCCGACCUGUCCGGCUUCGACGGCUCCGCCCUCCGGGGCCAGCACCUUCACACCAUCGCCGACUGGCGGCAUGUCCUGUCACACAGCGGCAGCGGCGGCGCAUCAGAGCAGGUCGGCCGGUGGUUCAACGACUUGUUUGGCAUAGGCGACACCACGUGAUCGCCAUAGGAUGGAUACCAUUUCUUCAAUACAUCUGCACGCUCCAUAGACAACAAAACCAAUAUGAUGAUACCCCCAACCCGCUUCCAUGCUACCACGACCAUCAUCCCCCUCUCACGAAGCCCCAAUGUCCAUGCUGUCCCUGAAAAACCUGCCGUGUGCCCUGCUUAUUCCAGGUUCUGCUGCACAUUCAUCACACCACGCCCAUACCACUCCGCGACGGUAGCAAAGCGGUCCUCGCUCCGCUCGAGCUCAUCCUUGAACAGCUCAUGGCGGUCGGCGUUCUCCUCCUGGCCCCGCUUGAUGGCCCGAAUGGUGGCGUUGUUCUGCGCGCAGAGCGGGCACUCGCCCUCGACGCCGUCUCCGCCGCGCAGGCACCGCUGGUGGAAGCUGUGCCUGCACAGGAAGUGCACGGCGGGGAGGUCCAGCACCUGCGUGCACACGGGGCACCGCGUGGCCUGGAAGACGGCGGGCUUGGCGCCCAGGUCCGCGAUCUCGGCCCGGCGCUGCUCCGUCUCGGUGC